GUUAUGUCAAAGUUUGUUGUUCCUUUCAAUUUUCAAUCAUAAACUCACUUACGUCUGCUAUUUAUUGCAACAAAAAAAGGUUUCCUAAAUUCAGUUCACCUAAAUAAACAAAUAGUUAGAACUUAGAAGACGAUGUGGCUUCAUUGAUUUGAGUAAGCCAUGGAAAACAAUUCUCUACCUAUGGAUCCGGCUAUGGAUUCUUCAUUCAUGGACGGAUUACUAUUAGAAGGUUGCUGGUUAGAGACAACUGAUGCAUCCGAGUUCCUUAAUUUUAGUCCUUCAACUUCUGUAACCCCUUUUGAUCCUUCUUCCUUCAUGUGGUCUCCAACGCAAGACACAUCUAAUAACUUAUCUCAGAUGUAUGGUCAAGAUUCUGCAGAAAGAUCGAGUCUUGAGGAUCAAGGGAGAGAUCUCUCUAGCUUUAAUAGACGGUGGUGGAUUGGACCAAGUGGUCAUGGCUUUUCGGUUAUGGAGAGAUUGGUUCAAGCAGUGACACACAUUAAAGAUUUCACAAGUGAGAGAGGCUCUCUUAUACAGUUGUGGGUGCCUGUGGAUAGAGGUGGUAAGCGAGUUUUAACCACAAAGGAACAACCUUUUAGCCAUGAUCCAAUGUGCCAAAGGCUUGCUCAUUACAGAGAGAUCUCUGAGAAUUAUCAAUUCUCUACUGAACAGGAGGAUUCAGGUUCCAGUUCCAGGGACUUGGUUGGUUUGCCUGGAAGAGUUUUCUUGGGCAAAGUUCCUGAAUGGACUCCUGAUGUGAGGUUUUUCAAGAACGAGGAGUAUCCCAGAGUACAACAUGCUCAAGACUGUGAUGUUCGAGGCACGUUAGCUAUUCCUGUAUUUGAACAAGGUAGUCAGAUUUGCUUAGGUGUUAUUGAGGUUGUAAUGACCACUCAAAUGGUUAAAUUAAGCCCUGACCUUGAAAGCAUCUGCAGAGCACUUCAGGCAGUUGAUCUUAGGAGCACAGAAAUUCCGAUACCGCCUUCUCUAAAGGGACCUGACUUCUCUUACCAAGCUGCAUUACCUGAAAUCAGAAACCUCUUGAGAUGUGCUUGUGAGACGCAUAAACUACCAUUAGCUCAAACAUGGGUCUCUUGUCUCAAACAAAGCAAAACCGGUUGCCGUCACAACGAUGAGAACUAUAUCCAUUGUGUAUCCACAAUCGAUGAUGCUUGCUAUGUUGGUGAUCCUACAGUCCGUGAAUUCCACGAAGCUUGCUCUGAGCAUCAUCUCUUGAAAGGUCAAGGAGUUGUUGGAGAAGCCUUUUUGACCAAUGGUCCUUGCUUUUCAUCUGAUGUUUCUAGCUACAAGAAAUCUGAGUACCCUCUCUCUCACCACGCAACUAUGUUUGGCUUACAUGGCACAGUCGCGAUACGCUUACGCUGUAUCCACACGGGUUCAGCUGAUUUUGUCUUGGAGUUCUUUUUGCCUAAAAAUUGCCGGGAUAUCGAGGAACAGAGGAAAAUGUUGAAUGCUCUGUCAACUAUAAUGGCGCACGUACCUAGAAGCUUAAGGACAGUCACGGAGAAGGAACUAGAAGAAGAGGGAGAUUCAAUGGUGAGCGAGGUCAUAGAGAGAGGAGUGACAUUGCCAAAGAUAGAGAAUAUAUCCGAAGUACCUCAGAGUAUUAGUACUCCUCAAAAUGUAGGAAUAGUAUUUGAUGGAGGAACAACAGAGAUGGGCGAGCUAGGUUCUGACUAUGGCAAGGGUUUGAGUGUAAAUGAGAACAACACGUUCUCUAGUGGGAGUCUCAAAGAUGCUGCCAAGAGUAUUGGUGUUUGUCCAACGACAUUGAAGAGAAUAUGCAGACAGCAUGGGAUACAGAGAUGGCCAUCAAGAAAGAUCAAGAAAGUUGGUCAUUCGCUUCAGAAAAUCCAACGAGUCAUCGACUCGGUAGAAGGUGUUUCGGGUCAUCAUCUUCCUAUAGGCUCCUUCUAUGCGAGUUUCCCAAAUCUAGCUGCUUCACCAGAAGCAUCAUCCCUACAACAACAAUCUAAGAUGACGACGUUCUUGCCAACUUCACAUUCACAACAUGCAAAAUCCCCUGGUUCCUCGUGUAGUCACAGCUCAAGCUGUUCCAGUGAAACGCAAGUAAACAAGGAAGAUCCCACGGAUAAGACUAGACAAGUCUCAAUAUCCUUUAAGGAAACGCAAAGCACACACUUAUCACCAUCAACAUCAUCACAAGAGGAUGAUUUUCUGAGGAUAAAGGUAAGCUAUGAGGAGGAGAAGAUCCGGUUUAGGAUGCGAAACUCGCAUAGGUUAAAAGAUUUACUAUGGGAAAUAGCGAAACGAUUUAGUAUAGAAGAUGUGAGCAGAUACGAUCUGAAAUACUUAGAUGAAGACAAUGAAUGGGUUCUUUUGAGAUGUGACGACGAUGUAGAUGAGUGUGUAGAUGUUUGCAGAUCUUUUCCAGGACAAACGAUUAAGCUUUUGCUUCAGCUCUCUUCUUCUUAUCUUCCAGAACGUUCUUCUGUCAGUGGAUGCCUUUCAUGACAUGAAGAUGAAGAGACACUUAAGGAGAAGAGACAAAGAUUGCAUAUAGUUUGUGUUGUGUAAACAUUGUUCAUAGGUUUUCUUCACUAUUUUAAAGCUGCAUCAGAGAAAGAGAGAACGUGUAAAGAGCCUUUCUUCUAGAAAAAAAAUAAUUGGAAGUUUUCUUU